CGAAAACUGUUUUACAGAGAACCGAACAAACGCUCGAACGGUUUAUACUUUGAAACACUUUCGAAUUUCUUCGGUUCUUGACCUGCGCGCAGCGGGAGUGAAUUUACUUUUAUCGAAUCCGCGAGUUGUCGCGACGCCGAAGGACACGUCGCAGGGUCAAGUUUGCAUUCGUGACCUUAACGCGUUAUCGCUAAUUUCGUUGCAACGCCCCUCGAAGCAUGCGCUCGGUCUCUCAAUUGGCCUUCGUCCAGAGCUUGCGCGCAAGCCGCUAGAAAAUAAUUCACGAUCGCCACAAAGGUCAGCGGGCUUUUAAGUCAGUUGGUCAGUCGGACUUGGCGAUUGAUCGACUGUCGAUCGGCGAUCUGUUGGGGAAUAGAGAUUAAAGAGACGAGACGGGAUGCCGGACGCGAAAAAACGAGUAUGCAUCGUCGGCAGCGGCAAUUGGGGCUCGGCGAUCGCAAAGAUCGUCGGGGCGAAUACCAUGAAGUACAAUAACAUAUUCGAAACUCGAGUGACAAUGUACGUUUACGAAGAGAUCAUUAACAACGAAAAGUUGACCAACAUAAUCAACACUCUUCACGAGAACGUUAAAUAUCUUCCUGGACACAAACUUCCUGAAAAUGUGGUCGCCGUGCCCGACGUUGUGGAAGCCGCAAAGGACGCAGAUAUUCUCAUCUUCGUCUUGCCACAUCAAUUUAUUCGCACGUUGUGCUCGACGUUGCUGGAUAACAUAAAACCAACUGCAGUCGGUCUCUCUCUCAUUAAGGGUUUCGGCCGAGGCGAAGGAAACAGCAUCGAGCUGAUCUCCAAGAUCAUCGAGAAGAACUUGAGAAUACAAUGUAACGUUCUAAUGGGCGCCAAUCUCGCAAACGAGGUCGCCGAGGAGAAGUUUUGCGAAACCACAAUCGGUUGCAAGGAUAAACGACUAGCGCCGGUGCUAAGGGACCUCAUACAGACUUCAAACUUUCGAGUGGUCGUCGUGGAAGAUUGUGAGACCGUAGAAGUUUGCGGGGCUCUGAAGAAUAUUGUGGCGUGCGCAGCUGGUUUUGUGGAUGGCCUCGGCUUGGGCGACAACACAAAAGCCGCGGUGAUCCGAUUAGGCUUGAUGGAAAUGGUCAAAUUCGUCGACACUUUCUACAGCGGUUCGAAACUCUCCACGUUCUUCGAGAGCUGCGGCGUGGCAGAUCUGAUUACCACCUGCUACGGAGGAAGGAAUCGCAGGGUCUGUGAGCAAUUCGUCAAGACUGGUAAGACUAUUAAACAACUGGAGGACGAGUUGCUGUCUGGACAGAAGCUACAAGGACCGGCAACAGCAGAUGAGGUCCACGACAUGUUGAAGGCGCGAAAUUUGAUGGAUAAGUUUCCCUUGUUUACCGCAGUACAUUGCAUCUGCACCGAUCAACUGCGACCGGCGGAUCUCAUCGACCAGAUUCGCAGCCAUCCCGAGCACGUAAUGAGAUUAGAGCAGGAAGGUGCAUAGUUAUCGUACGGGACACAUGAAUUGGACUAGAGACAGCCUGAAAUACGGAGAAGAAAACAACUUAGACAGCAAAAACUUGUAUAUAUUUUCAGCAUCCAUCGUAAUUCUAUUGCUGUAAAUAAAGAUUACUUUCAUUAUGGA